AGUCUAUAAAUAUGUAUGUAGUGCAGCUUUUGUUAGCAGCUUUCUUAACAGCAACUGUUCAUUGUGGGAAACCAACUUUGUCUGAUCCGCUUGGUCUGUACGAAGAGGAACCCUUCAGAUUUGGUAUUGGAAAGGAUUAUGUUGCUGGUACCGUGUGGCCAAAACCACAACAGGAAGCUCGAGAGAAUAUGUACUAUACUUUAAACCCUGAUCAAUUUACGUUCAAAUUGACUGGAAAAUCUUCAGACGUCAUAACUGAAGCAAUCAAAAGGUAUCAAGGACUUACGUUCCCAGAGAAAGAAGCACCAGCUCCAGGUCUUUCUUUGCUGUCAUCUCUAGAAGUGAAUGUUCAGUAUGAUUAUGCUCCAAUGGAUCUUACAACAGAUGAGUCAUAUACUUUGGUGGUCAAUGCACCAACAUCCAGUUUAUCAGCAAACACUGUUUGGGGUGCCCUUCGAGGUUUGGAAACUUUCAGUCAAGUAGUGUACCAAAAUGAGUCUGGAACUUAUUUCGCCCAAAAGAACAAAAUUGUGGAUUUUCCUCGUUUUCACCACCGUGGCUUUUUAAUCGACUCAUCAAGACAUUAUAUUGCUAUUGAUAUUAUUUUCCAGUUUAUUGAUGCUCUUGCAUACAGCAAAUACAAUGUUCUCCACUGGCAUGUAGUUGACGAUCCAUCUUUUCCUUUUGUCAGUGAAAAGUUUCCAUCAUUACAUUUAACGGGCGCAUGGAAUAACAAAACUCAUAUUUACACCCCACAAGACAUUCAGAAUGUAGUUUCUUACGCAAACCUUCGUGGAGUUCGGGUCAUUCCUGAGUUUGACACUCCUGGACACACACAAUCGUGGUAUAGUAUUCCCAAUUUAUUGACUCCCUGUUAUUCUGGUGGCAAACCGAAUGGAAACUUGGGUCCAAUUGAUCCAACGGUAGAGAGUAAUUAUGCAUUCUUAGAAGAGUUCUUUGGCGAAGUGGCAAAAGUGUUUCCUGACACAUACCUUCAUCUGGGUGGUGAUGAAGUUAGCUUUGACUGCUGGAAGAGCAACCCUAACAUUGCAAAAUGGAUGCAAGAUAAAGGUAUGGGCAAAAACUACUCCAUGUUGGAACAAUACUACGAACAAAGGUUAUUAGACAUUGUUGGUAGUCUGAAGAAGAAUUAUGUUAUUUGGCAAGAAGUUAUCGAUAAUCAAGUUAAGGUGAAAGCCGACACAGUUGUGAAUGUUUGGAAAGGUGGAUGGCAGAACGAGAUGGCCAAGGUUACUGCGCUGGGUUAUCGUUCUAUUCUUUCUUCGUGUUGGUAUUUGAAUUAUAUAUCCUAUGGUCCAGACUGGCCUAACUAUUACAAAUGCGAUCCUCAAGGUUUCAACGGUACAGAAGAACAGAAGAAUCUUGUCAUUGGUGGAACUGCGUGUAUGUGGGGAGAAUGGGUGGAUGGAACGAACUUGAUUGCUAGAACAUGGGGUCGCGGCUUAUCUGUCGGUGAGAGACUGUGGAGCUCAAAAACAACAACUGAUAUCAACGAUGCUACGAAGAGAAUAUGGGAACAUAGAUGUAGAUAUUUGAGACGUGGUAUUCAAGCUGAAAAUGUCGUCCAGAGCGAAUACUGCCGACAUGAGUGGAAGAACUACCAUAACAGCAACAACUAGAGGCCAUAUCUUGUAACUACUGUUGAAAGUACUGUUGCUUUUGAUGUAAAUGAUUCUUGCAAUGACAACACGUGAUUUUAAUUAUGUCCUGCUUUUGGUAUGAUAGUUAAUAGGAUUAACCUUAAUUAUUAAAAUAUUUGUUUACACGAGCAUUUUUUUACUAUUUCUGUUUACAUAAAGAUUUGCUUGUAUAGUACAAACCCGUUAAAGGUAUCGAAAAAGCGGAAGUCCCGAUUAGGCGAAUCGCCUGGUAAGAGGCACAUGAGUAAUUUCACUAAUCCAGGGUCUCACUUUUGUGUUUAAUUUUUUUGUAACAUUUUUUAUACGUUCUUUUCUUUUUUUCAUUUAAAUUAAAGAAAUAAAAAUUUACAGCUUAAA